AUGCAGUACUUUCGGCACCAAGCAACGCCCACGGACCCCGACUUUGUUCUUAUCAACAUCCUGCUUGUAGUCCUCUGUGUAGCUAUCAUCAUGCUCAUACGACUGGAAUACAGGGAGUUCAUCUCGGCACAAGAAGAACCCCAAGCAAUCACAGACACACGGAUACCGCAGGGCGAAAAAAUGGUUUACAUGCGUGUGCCACCAGCGUCAGCAGCCGAGCCACAUGUACCACGUGCGCCGCGUCUGGAACCCAUGCUGUGUUUGCCGCCGCUGCGCCCGAUUCCGUUGUUUCCCUCUCUGUCGCUUCCGUUGCCUUCUUCUUCGGCAUUGCCGUCUUCGUUUGCGUGA